CGUGGCACGGCCCCUGCCGCGGGGCGGGUGGCGGUGAAGGGCGUUCCCCGCGCGGCCAGGCCCAGCUCAGUCAGUUUGCUGAGGCUGCGCACGCCGCACGCGGACGGGUCCGGUGAUGGCGCUGGGCUCGGCCUGGGGGCGGGUGUCGUGGCUGUAUUACCAGUACCUGCUGGUCACCGCGCUCUACAUGCUGGAGCCCUGGGAGCGGACGGUCUUCAAUUCUAUGCUGGUUUCCAUUGUUGGAAUGGCGCUGUACACUGGCUAUGUGUUCAUGCCUCAGCACAUCAUGGCGAUAUUACACUACUUUGAAAUUGUACAGUGAUGAAGAAAGUACAUUCAUUCUGCAAAGAAGAUCCAACUGCCUAGUUUUAACGAGACUUCUACAGAUGUCAGAACAAGAAACACAACAAUGACUCUAAAGACGAGGAAACCAGAUGUGUAGAGCAGGGAUAUGACAUACCUCGUGUGUUGUGUCAUUCACUUUAAUUUUACAAGCUGUCCUUGUAUAAUAGUUUUGCCUAUUUUAACAUUGUAAUUGUUUGUACUUUGAUAUCAGUAUUUUCUUAACUUUGUGAAAAGUAGUUUGUAAACCUCAACUCAGGUGUACUGUCUGCUCUCCAGACUUUAUCCAACAAAACGUUUGUGCAUAUUACUAUAUUUGACUUUAGCAACAAAAAAGUCUUUUGUAUUCCAGCUGAUGGAGGAAGAGGGGUGGAUAUGAGAGAGAUAACACUUCAUUCAUCAUAUUUAGGAUAAAACUAUAGAUGCAGUCUUUCCAAAGUUGGAGCAAAAGGACUAAUGGACUUAUUCUUUCAUGAAGUGCAUCUAGGCCCUCAAGAUUUUUGUGAUGAUUUAAUGUUCUAACUUCUAACUAAACUGUACUUGUACAUAAUGCUUGUCUUCCAAGGAUUAUGUUUCUGUGCAGAUGGAGAGGAGUUUUUUCCUAUGCUCAUUAACAUAAUUACACUGCUGACUUUAUUGCAGUUAGUGUUCCAAACACAUUUGAACAUAUUCUUGUUCAUUCUUGAACGUCUUCAAAUGACCAAAACAUAAGAUUAAAGUGGACUUAAGUUAAAACUACAACAAUAGGAAGCUGAAUACUUGGCUGAAAUCCUGUCUAUGUUCUUAACUUUUUUCAGAUUUGUAUUCUGAAAUGUAAGAUGGCAACAACCUGACUUUCUAUGGUGGAGGAUAUUUUUUGUUUUGUUUUUAAAAAUAAAAACUAAAAGCAGAACUGA